AUGUUAAUUAGGAAACGAUGUCUCCUCUGGGACUGGACCAAUACUGCUAAUAUUCCGGCUUCUAUUGAGAAUGUCAAUCUCAGAGGACAAAUAUGUUCAGUUGCCAAUUGGAAUGCUUGGGCCCCUCCUGAGCUUAAAGAUCGACUCCCCUUUCGACCUACUGUCCGUGGAAUGGAACAGCUCACGGAUAGCAAUGAAUGGUCUAUGAUAGCGAAUAAUGACCAUGCCAUUAUCCACUUCUUCAACGAGCCAGAACGAGCCGGAAUCUCAGCAAAGUUGGCUGCGGAAAUGUGGAAGGAAAAGAUGGUCCCCUUGAGAAGCACUAAAGGGAAGAAGAUCGUUGGUCCGGGUUGUGCAAGUGAUCCUGCUGGAGAAGCAUGGCUGGAUGACUUUAUGCGAAGGGUCCAAGAACAAGGGGAGCCACCUGAUUUUCUCGGCCUGCACUAUUAUGGUCCAGAUGGUGCUGCAGCAAUUCAGUACCUAGAGAAGAUGCACCAAAAGUAUCCAGGGUACCAAGUUGUUGUUUCUGAGAUAGCUGCCAUCUCAAGAGACAAGAAAGAAGUUUUUGCAUUUACUGCUCAAGUGGCAAAUUGGAUGGACCAGUGUCCUUGGAUUUUCGAAUACGCUUUCUUUGGCUGCAUGGCAAAGGUUGCAGAUGAUUUUGUUAGCCCCGAGGCGCAACUGAUGAAUUCUGAUGGAACCUUGAGGUUGUUGAUGGUUAAGCUCAUGAAUGAACAGCCGAUGUCAGAACUAUGA